AUGGAGUUGCUCAGGAUAGGCAAAGAUAAAAGGGCCUUGAAAUUUGUCAAGAAGAGGGUAAUUAUUGGCUGUUUAACAUUUUUGACAUGAAUUGAUUUGUUCAACUCUCUAACCAAGUGUUAUUUCAAAUGUCAUUGUAGCUGGGAACCCACACCCGAGGAAAGAGAAAGCGUGAAGAAAUGCAAGGCGUCAUUGCUGCAAUGAGAAAACAACAACAACAACAGCAUUAAAUUGUCAAUAAAAGUCUCUUUUCUCUGGAUUUUGUUGUUUUGUCUGUGUAUCCGCAGAGAAUAUUUUGCCAACUAACAAAAAUCAGAAGUGGCUUUCCAUGUGUCAUAGUAUUUAUUUGAUCAAUGUGGCUGAGUAGCAUUUUGUGUUCAGAUACAUUGAUGAAUAUGUGACCCUUGAAUGGUAAAAUUGGAAAAGAUAUAUACCCAGAGGGCAACCAUGAUAUUUUAAGGAUCAUACAAAGAACAGCAAACAAACUGAAUUGUAAUUUUAUUUCCUUAACCCACUUUUACAUUAAAUUCUUAAACUCCCAGGAUCUGAUUGUUAAUCCUCUCAUUGUGCUGCCACAUAAUUCUUUGUAAAUUAGUUAAGUGAAUUUGGUGUAAUAUCUAGAUAACAAUUUCCUCCUAAUAAGUUUUAGUAUUAAUAACCAUUAGCUAAAAAACAUAUGGAUAUUAUAGGGAGAGGUUCACCACUUGUGGGAGUUGAAGGGUAAACUCCCAAGAUCUGAUUGUUAAUUCUACUCUCUUUUUGCUACAGACUUCCUUUGAAAUAACUUAGGAGAAUUUGGUGUUAGAUCUUGGUAACAACCUCUACCUGUUAGGCUUGAGUCUUCUCAAUAUCUGUUCGCUUGAAAAUGUAUGAAUACAAGAGGGAGUUACUUGAAUUUACUUUACCUGGUUUAGUACUUUAUUUUUUGUUGAUGACUAUUCUAGUACUUUGGAAAUGGCAUAGUCAAAAUCUGUGUGUGAGGUUAAUUAUUUUAGAAGAAUGCAUACAGCAGUAAUAAAGGUAGGCUGCAAGCUUCUGCC